CUUGUUCGUCCUUCACGCAGUGAAGUGCAAUCGAAUUGAUGCCAGCUUAUUAUUGGUUGAGCACGGCCGCCUAAACCGUAGAUAACACAACCAUCCAAGAUAGCUUAACUUAUCUCUGCUCGACAUUUUUGCCUACCUGUCGGACGGGUCUCUCACUUUAAGAGGUUGAUCUCGGCCUUUAGCACUGGGCUCAGCUCCGAGGCAAGUUCACAGCAAACUUUUGCAGCUUUACAACCUAUCGUCUAUUUCUGAUCUCGAAAACCCGGUUGAUGUCGCCUUUCGGCCUCGUCAUUAAUUGUUUCAUCAUCAUUUCCUGCGUUGUCUUCCUCACCGAAUGCACGCCAUCUCUAUUCUCGGUCAGCUGUCCCAAUGAUUGGUCGCUUGACCCCAUGAAGACUUCAGGAAACGCCGAUCCCACAAUGGUACAUUGUUGGGACCCCAGCUCACAAGUUCCAUCUUCCUGCUAUCAAUCUAGCUGUGUCAACCAACCAGUGUGCAAUACUUGCACCGACCUUGAAACGGGAGAAACAGUCGAGCAAGUUCAAUGCACCAAAGAGUACCAUGCUGGAGAUGGUUCGACCUUACAAACAAUUUGUGUCGAUAGCAAGAAUCGCUUCUUGAAUUGUUCUGGUACUUGCACGGGAUCUUUGACUUGCUCUCAAUGCUUCUAUGACCCCUAUAAGGAAAAGUUCAAAACCCAACUUCAACGUCGAGCCAAUCCUUUUUCCGCCAAUAUGGGUGUCGCGGCCAAUAGUGGUCACGCCGGUGGAAGCUAUUUUGGAGAUAAUUUCAAUCUUCGUAAAUAAGACUGCAUAUCACACCAAGACCCGCCUUUUUAGGGAAACUUGGUGUAAGUACCCAAUUCAAUAAGAAACUCCAUUGGGGCUCUGAUUGUAUACAGCCAUAGAGAGUCUCUACUCAUCAAUUUUUUUUUCACUUUGUCUAAGUUUUGAGAUGAUCCUUUCUGGAAAUCUCACAUUCACAUCUUUCAAACACACACACAUAUAUAUAGCAAUAGAGAGUCUCCACUCACACAAAUUUGAUUUUUUUAUCUAUUGGAAUGCAAAUUUCUUUGAAGUCUUAUUGUGGGAUGACUCUAACACUGACAAUAUGAAGUAGAGGUUGAUCAAGGUGAUUCAUGAUACAUUGAAUUGUAAUUUUCUUUCAGAAGCUUCAAGUUCAUUUUUGAUUUCCCUUUUCC